AUGGCCAUAACACCGAUCAAGAAAAGGGCAACCAAGCCCGCUAGUAGUGGCAAGAAGAAACAAAUGUCACUUAUGUCAUUCUUCAAGCCGCAACAAUCGUCACCUUCAAAGACUGGCAGUGACAAGGAGAAUGAGGAUUCCAACAUUCAUUCGACACCCUUGACCUCAGACUCAGACCCAACCCCUUCCUCCUAUAAGCAAUUAGACUCAUCUCCAUUGAAAACUAUAAAAGAUACUCCUCAAUUGAAAAAGAAGGAUAUCGAAGCUGAUUAUAAGAAAAAAGGAGCAAAUGUAGUGGUAGAGGUAGUAGAAGAAAAGGAGGUUCCAGUUCAAAAGAAGGAAAUACCUCCUACACCUGCAGUUGUCAAAGAGACUCCAGCAAAGAACGCGACGCCUGUGAAUUCUUCACCACUCAAGGCUACACAAUCAAGUUCCAAACGGAGUGCUGCUAGAUCAGUCAGCUACAUAGAAUCAGAUUCUGAAACUGAAGCCCCCACACCUUCCUCAAGAAAGAAGAGAAAGAUUAUUGAAAGUGAUGACGAUGACGAUGAAUUCAAGAUGGAUGAAGACCAUGAAGAUGACGACGAUGAUAUGAGCGAUUUUGUUGUUGAUGAUAACGAGGAUGUUGCCGCGGAAGUAGAAGAAGAUGAUGAUGUUGACGAAGAGGAAGUAGUCGAAAGAAAGCGUCCACAGAAGAAAAAAUCGUCGUCUCCUACGAAGAACGUACCAUCAACGACAGAGAUUACCGAGUCCAGUGGACUUGGACAAAAGUUCAGUGCUUCUUCUUCAUACGUAGCAUCAGCAAAUACUCCCGUUAAAAAGAAGUCUACUACUGCUAGUACAACCCCUGGGAGCACAGCGAAAAAGAAUUUCAGUAAGGGAAACGAGGAAAGAUAUCAAUGGCUUGUUAAUAUCAAGGACUCAGAAAAACGUCCCAUCGAUCAUCCAGAAUAUGAUUCUAGAACAUUAUAUGUUCCUUCUUCAGCAUGGAGUAAGUUCACAAAUUUCGAGAAACAAUAUUGGGAAAUUAAGAGCAAGAUGUGGGAUACAGUUGUUUUCUUCAAAAAGGGGAAGUUUUAUGAAUUAUAUGAAAAUGAUGCAACUAUUGCCAAUAGUCAAUUUGAUUUGAAGAUUGCAGGAGGUGGCAGAGCUAAUAUGAAAUUAGCUGGUAUUCCAGAAAUGUCAUUUGAAUAUUGGGCUAAGGAAUUUAUUAGCCAUGGUUAUAAGGUUGCAAAAGUUGACCAAAAGGAAUCACUUUUAGCAAAAGAAAUGAGAGGUGGGGCUAGCAAGGAGGAUAAAAUCAUCAAGAGAGAAUUAUCUUGUGUUCUAACUGGUGGUACUUUGACUGAUAUGAACAUGAUCAAUGACGAUAUGGCUAUCUAUUGUUUGAGUGUCAGAGAAGAGAAUAUCGAAGGAAACAAAAAGAAGUUUGGUAUUGCCUUUGUAGACACUGCAACUUCAGAAUUGAACAUGAUUGAAGUUGUUGAUGAUGCUGAAUGUACCAAGUUAGAUACUAUCAUUACUCAGAUUAAACCCAAAGAGAUUAUCGUUGAAAAAAAUAACUUGUGUUCUAUUGCUACCAAGUUAAUCAAACAUAAUUCCGAUAUCAAUGGUGGACUUAUUUGGAACAAUUUAAACCCUUAUCUGGAAUUCUGGGACUAUGACACCACAUUGGAAAACUUGGUGAAAAGUAAAUAUUAUCCAGCGGAGGAUUUAGAUGAUUUAUCGAAUUAUCCAAAGACUUUGAUUGAAUUUAAGGAUAACUAUAAAUUAGCAUUCCACGCGUUUGGUGGGUUAUUAUAUUAUUUGAAAGGAUUGAAGUUGGAUACAAGUAUCAUGACAUUGGGAAAUAUUAACCAAUAUGACAUGGUUCACAAGACUUCCAGUUUGUUAUUGGAUGGUAUUACUUUGACCAAUCUUGAAAUCUUAAACAAUUCUUUCGAUGGAACAGACAAAGGAACCUUAUUUAAAUUGUUAAACAGAGCUAUCACUUCAUUUGGUAAAAGACAUUUAAAGAAUUGGAUUUUACACCCUCUUUUGAAUCUGAAUGAAAUCAAUGCUAGAUAUGACUCUGUUGAUUAUUUGAGAAAUAACGGUGAAUUUAGAGAUAUUGUUGAACAAGGAUUAUCAGAAUUACCAGAUUUAGAACGUUUGAUUGCAAGAGUUCACGGUAAGACGUUAAGAUUUAAGGAUUUUGUCAAAGUGAUUGAAGGAUAUGAGAGAGUAUCCAGAUUAAUGAGUAUUCUUAAGUCAUACGAUACACGGGAAGCUGGUGUAUUACAAAAGUUUAUCGAGAACUUCCCAAGCGAAAUGGAAGGAGCUAUAGAACAAUGGUCUGAUGCAUUUGAUAGAGACCAAGCAUUGAAUGAUAUUGUUGUACCUGAAAAGGGAGUUGAUUCUGAAUUCGAUGAUUCUCAAGCUAAAAUGGAUAAAUUAGAGGCACAAUUGAAUGAAUACUUGAAGGUAUACAAGAAAGAAUACAAAUCACAUGAAAUUUGUUUCAGAGAUUCCGGUAAGGAAAUUUUCCUUAUUGAAAUGCCUGUAAAAAUAAAGAAUAUCCCCAAAGAUUGGCAACAAAUGGGCUCUACCUCGAAAGUGAAGAGAUUUUGGUCACCAGAGGUAAGAAAGUUGGUCAGACAAUUACUCGAACAACGUGAAUUACACAAGAUGUUAUGUGAAACUUUGCGAUUCAGAAUGUACGAUAGGUUUGAUGCUCACUAUAAAGUAUGGAUCUCCACAAUUAAGGCGUUAUCCAACAUUGAUUGUUUGAUUGCUUUGACAAAGACUUCUGAGAGUAUCGGAUUCCCAGCCUGUAGACCUGAAUUUGUAACUGACUCAAAUGACGGAACAAUCAAUUUCAAAGAAUUAAGACAUCCUUGCUUUGUUGGAACUAAUGAUUUCAUCCCUAACGAUGUCAUUUUAGGAGGCGACGAGGCAAACAUUGGGUUGCUUACUGGUGCUAAUGCAGCUGGUAAAUCUACUUUGAUGAGAACAACUGCAUUGGCAGUGAUUCUUAGUCAAAUUGGAUGUUAUGUCCCUGCAGAACUGGCCAAGUUAAGUCCAGUGGAUAAAAUCAUGACUAGAUUGGGUGCAAACGAUAAUAUUAUGCAAGGAAAGUCUACCUUCUUUGUUGAAUUAUCAGAAACAAAGAAGAUUCUUGAAAAUGCAACCCCUAAAUCAUUAGUAAUUCUUGAUGAAUUAGGACGUGGUGGUUCCUCAUCUGAUGGUUAUGCUAUUGCUGAAUCUGUUCUUUAUCAUCUUGCUACACACGUGCAAUCAUUAGGAUUCUUUGCUACUCAUUAUGGUACCUUGGGAUUAUCUUUCAAAACACACCCUAAGAUAAAACCACUCAGAAUGGCAAUUGUCGUGGAUAAAAACUCAAGAAAUAUUACAUUCUUAUAUAAAUUAGAAGCCGGUGCUGCUUCUGGGUCUUUUGGUAUGAAUGUAGCAUCUAUGUGUGGGAUUUCGGAAGAUAUUGUGGUGAAGGCAGAAAUUGCUGCAAAGGAAUAUGAACAUACUUCAAAAUUGAAGAAGCUUACUGAAGAAAUGCUACAAAAUGAAGGAUCAACUAACCUUAGUUUGGGAUUGCAAAGUGACUUCAGCUGGCUAGUCAACAAUUAUGAAGACCUUUCUAAAUCGGCAAUGGUUUACGACGAAAAUGUAAAACAGAAUGCCUUAAAGAGUAUUUUUAAGAUGAUUGAAUCACUUUAA